AUGGCACGCAGCAAGAAGACAUCGCUAGCCGCACGCCGUGGACCCGAAGUCCUCCUUGACAUCGACAGUCAGGUCGACAACGCAAACGACAAGCCCGACAUCAGAAGACUUGCUGCACAAAACUUCCUGUCCAGCAUCAGAGUCACCUCCCCAGCCACCCGUCCCCCUGGUCGUAGCACUCUCCUCGCGCUUCCAGUCGAAAUCCGUCACAUGAUCUACGAGCAUGUCUUCUCCACCGGGACCGUCGACGUGGCUACAAGUUCUCGCGUGAUCACGAUAUACAAGUGGACGCAAUUCAUGCUCUGGGAUCCCACCGGACGUAGACACAACUAUCACACCAAUCCCUCAUUCGAACACAAGCAACUGAGCAUUCUGGCCACAUGCCGUGAGAUGCGCCAAGAUGCCCUCCCCUUGUUUUGGCCAAAGACGAUCCUCAGAUUUGACAAUGAGAUUGCUCUUGAGCGUUUUCUCGGCAUCUCGAACAACGAAGACCGGGACAAGGAUCUCGCAAAGCAGAAUGGGGCCGUCUUGCUCCAAGCCUUCAAAGUCGAAUGCGAUGUUACCAGCAUUCGUACCGGCAUCUUGUCUCGUCUCAGAAACCUCAAGCAGAUUGCUCAGCAGCUUGACCAGCCUCUGAGCGUCGACUUCAUCAGCUCUGCCAGCCAAAGGGGUGAUCCCAAAACUGGUCCCCAACUUAAAGCUGGCGAGAUCUGGCACGUGGAAAUGAUGGCUAUGGCAAGCAAAGCGCACUCGAAGCAGAGAAUGGCCGACACCACCGUCGGCGACUGGAUGACUACUUUCAAAGACGACAAGCGUGCGGCUAAGCACAACGAGCCCCCUAACGAGAACAGCUUGCUACCCAGCUUCCUGGUUUAUUGA